CUGCUGCCCCUGCUGCCCCUGCUGUCUCCACCAUGUCUGAACCCUCUCCACCGUCAGAUACCUUGCUUCCCUUGGAGCUCGUCGACAGGUGCAUCGGCUCCGCCAUCUGGGUCGUCAUGAGCGGCUCGCGUGAGUUCGAGGGCACCUUGGUGGGCUUCGACGACUACGUCAACAUGGUGCUCGAACAUGUCACCGAGUACAACGCCGACGGCACCACCAUCCAGCGAAAGAAAAUGCUUCUCAAUGGAACCAACAUCGCCAUGUUGAUUCCUGGAGGCAAACAAUAGCCCCAGCAGAUAGUUCCUCUGCUUCUUCAAACCCUCCUCCAAAGUCAGACUCACGCCUUUCUUUUCCCUCUCCAUUGCUUGCUGCUGUUUUUCUCUCCCUUCCGUGCCGGGCUUUCUCUUUUCUAUAUAUUCUCCAAUCCAACUAUAUACUUAUCAAUAUAAUCUUAUAUCUGCACCAUCUCUUAAUACAGUUAUAGUUGUCAUUGCAAUAUCUCCAUUCACUCAAAGAUGUCUUCCUACAACUUUCCUGUAAUACCAAACCAAUCUCGAAAAAAGUCCUCUUCUCGCUCACUCUCAAUCAACAACCUCAAUGCCUCUCUAAACAACAACAACAACUCUCUAAAUUUAUGGAAACUCCUACUAAAAGACAUUGGAAUUGUCAAUUCUUCAUCGACUAUCCAAACCAAUUCUCCCAAUAACAACAACAAC